AGUAACGCGCCCAACUCUAAAAUUUUGAAAACAUUGUAAAACGCGCCACCCAAUUUCAACCUCCUCCUAAUCCACAAUUCCAGGUACCUCAUUUCAGCGGCUGCUCCCUUAGACGCAAUUUUCGCCUUCAAGCACCGCCGCUUCCUCGGUAAAAAGGGAGAAAAGAAUAACAUCUUGCUCAAAUACGAUAAGAAAGAGUCCGGUUUCAAAAAACAUGUCAGGCGCUGCACACUUGGAGAGAAUGGGGCGAGAGCUCAAGUGCCCCAUCUGCUUGAGUCUAUUGAAUUCAGCUGCUUCGCUCACGUGCAAUCAUGUGUUCUGCGAUUCAUGUAUCCACGCAUCAAUGAAGUCUUCAGCCUAUUGUCCAGUUUGUAAAGUUCCUUUCAGGCCUAGGGAAAUCCGCCCUGCUCCUCAAAUGGAUAACUUGGUCAGCAUUUACAAGAGUUUGGAAGCUGCGUCAGGAGUAAACAUAUUUGAUACUCAAACUGAAACUUCAACUAAAACCAUAGGUGAUGAAAGCAAAUCUCAUAGCAAGAAAACCAUUGGAAUUGUAGAGAAGGGUAGUACAUCACGUAAGGCUAAGAAUGGAAGUCACACUUCAAGUUUUCCUAGAGCUUCCUUUCCAACCAAGAAAAGGGUCCAAGUCCAACAGCAUCAACCUCUAGAAAGUCCACCACCUUCAAAAACGGUUGUAGAAUCUGGUCAGGUCACAGUUAGUGGACACCAGAAAAGUCUUUUCACAAACACAGGAAAUAUGGACUUAAAUGAGAAGGGAGAGGUAAACCUAUGUCCAUUUUUUUGGCUGAGAGAAGAUAUUGAAGAGACAACUCAGCAGUCACUCCACUCAGAUGGGGAUCAUUCUACAAGUACACCUUGUGAUGUUCCUUGUUUUAGUGAUAUGAAAGACUCUGAUGAUGAAACUCCUCUUGAGGUGACUCCAAAAAGUACAUCCCCUGGUGACAUAGCAAAGAAUACAGAUUUUUUUGAUAGUGAGAUGUUUGAGUGGACACAAAGACCUUGCUCACCUGAACUUUUUUCGAGCCCAUUGAAUCUGCAGGAUGAAGAUAUUUAUGAAUCUGAAGGAGUUGAACAGAAUACACAGGUGGUUUUAGUGGACUCAAAUGUACUUGCGGAAGCUAGAAGCAGGAACGUAGAAAACAUAAUGGAUGGAAUUGCUACCAACAAUGUAGAUAUGAAUCUGCCCACUAUAUCUUCUCUAAGAAAUGAGAAAGCUGACGUUAUAGGUGCACUUAAAAGGUCUAGAAAGACAUUGUUGGUGUGUGAGAGAAACAAAAAAAAUGGGCGUAAGAGAGCAAGCCAUGAACAAGCUGGAGACCCUAGUGGAAAACAAAAGCUAGCUAAAUCAAGUGAAAGACGUGGCAUCGAAAGAAGUGCCAAAAAAAGAAAGGUUACUUUCACUGAGCAACAUAGUCAUUGCCAUACCUCAAAAAGGGGAAAGAAAGUUCCUAAGGACAGAACUCUUCCAACAGGAGAUGAAGCUUCAAAUCCCUAUUCACUUAAUACAUUAGCAUCUACCAGUGAUGGCAAUGAUUUUACAAACUCUAGUUCAAAAGUAAGGAGUAAAUCUAAGUGCGCAGGGAAAUCAAGAAACAUGAAACAGGUGACAUUUUCUGAAGAGGAUGAUAUUGCAGAUGUCCUCCAGGAGUUUUAUGAGAACUCCAUCAAAGAAACUCAGAUUCUUGAUACUAGAUCAAGCAGUCUGUGUAUGGACACGAAUGAUUUCCCAAAAAGUAAGAAGUCACUAUUCAAUUUGAGUAGUCCGGUGAUGAAAAAGUGUCAAACUGGUCCUGCAAAAAUCCAAUGUGGAUUCUGCCACACUGCAGAAGAGUCAGAGGAUUCAGGCCUUCUUGUGCACUAUCUUAACGGGAAGCCUAUUAAAGAAAAUGAGUUUGGAGCAACAAAUAUCAUACACGUGCAUAAGAAUUGUGCAGAGUGGGCCCCAAAUGUAUACUUCAAUGAUGAUGAUGUCAUUAAUCUUGAAAGUGAACUCAAGAGAAGUAAGAAUAUUUCUUGUCGCUUCUGUGGAGGUAAAGGUGCAGCUCUGGGAUGCUAUGAGAAGACUUGCCGCAAGAGUUUUCAUGUUCCAUGUGCAAGGAUGACACUGAAGUGUCGAUGGGACUAUGACAACUUUGUAAUGUUAUGCCCUCUACAUGCAUGUUGUAAACUGCCGUGUGAGGUACCUGAAUUUCAAUCUAAGAAGGAAAGGAAAUAUAAAGUGAGAAUAUCCGGAAUCAACCAGCCCAAAAGUUCUGUAGAAUAUGAUAGUCAGGGUGUACGUUGGAAGCCUCCAAAAAAAGAUAAAAGAUUUGUACUUUGUUGUUCAGCUAUCACUAAUGCAGAAAAGGCUAUUGUCUCUGACUUUAAGAGGUUGUCAGGUGCAACAGUAGUAAAGACAUGGGACACAAGUGUAACCCAUGUUAUAGCAUCAAUAGACGAGAAGGGAGCAUGCAGAAGAACACUCAAAUUUUUGAUGGGUGUCUUGGGGGGUAAAUGGAUCCUCACAAUUGAAUGGAUCAAAGCUUGCUUGAAUGCUGCAGAGCAUGUUGAUGAGCAGCCAUAUGAAAUUGAAGUUGAUAUUCAUGGUGUCAGAGAUGGUCCCAGACUUGGCAGAUUAAGAAUGACAAAUAAGGAACCCAAGCUUUUCAAUGGAUACAAGUUCUA